UUUGUCCGCACAUCCGUUGGUCACACUGGGUGACAUUGAGUUGACUUUUGCAUUAGUUUAAUUAUAAUAUAACUCGAUUUAUCCGCGAAGCAAGUGACCAAACAAGCACCGAAACUUGCACGGGUGCAGUGCGUCACUCCAUCCGCCAAAUCCCGGAGAGAAUGCGCUGUCCCCGCGGCUAAUUACACGAACUCAACGGGUUCUAGCGUGCGAGGUGUUCCGAGGGGAUUCUGUGGAAAUUGGAUUCCGCCUCCUCGUCUCCUCUCCUCUCCUGCACUCACCCAUUGUGCUGAACCACAACAAACGAUCCGAGCUGCUCCGUUCCGAACCGAUCCGCACCGACAUUAUAAAACCGUCCAGAAGAGGAUCCACAAUCGAACCGGCGAUGCGUUCACGCAGCAAUUCGGGCGUCCGCUUGGACUACUACCAGCGCAUCGUGCACCGACUUAUACUGGCCCACCAGGAGCCGGUCACCGGCCUCUUUCCCGCCUCCAAUGUGAAUUCGCACGCGUGGAUCAGGGACAAUGUGUACUGCAUCCUGGCCGUGUGGGGACUGUCCAUGGCGUACAAGAAGAUUGCCGAUCAGGAUGAGGAUCGGGCCAAGUGCUACGAGCUGGAGCAGAGCUGUGUGAAGCUGAUGCGCGGCCUGCUGAUGGCCAUGAUGAACCAAAAGGACAAGGUGGAGAAGUUCAAGAUGACCCAAUCACCCUACGAUUCCCUCCACGCCAAAUACUCCAGCAAGAACGGCCUGCCCGUGGUGGGGGACAAUGAGUGGGGCCAUCUGCAGAUCGAUGCCGUAUCCCUGUACCUGUUGAUUCUGGCCCAGAUGACGGCCUCCGGCCUGCAGAUCGUCUUCUCCCUGGACGAAGUCUCGUUCAUCCAGAAUCUGGUCUUCUACAUUGAGUCGGCCUACUCGAUCCCUGACUACGGCAUUUGGGAGCGCGGCGAUAAGACCAAUCAUGGUGAGCCGGAGCUGAAUGCCAGCUCCAUUGGCAUGGCCAAGGCGGCGCUGGAGGCCAUGAACGAGCUGGAUCUGUUCGGUGCCCGCGGCGGACCGGCCAGUGUGAUCCAUGUGCUGGCCGACGAGGCCCACAAGUGCCAGGCGGUGCUCCAGUCGAUGCUGCCCCGCGAGUCGAACAGCAAGGAGCUGGAUUCCGGGCUGCUGUGCGUGAUCGGCUUUCCUGCCUUUGCCGUGGACGAUGCCCAGUUGAUCCACAACACGAAGGAUGCGAUUCUGUCCCGCCUGCAGGGCAAGUACGGCUGCAAGAGAUUCCUGCGCGACGGUUAUCGCACGCCCAAGGAGGAUCCAUCCAGGCUCUACUACGAGCGCUGGGAGCUGCGCAUGUUCGAGAACAUCGAGUGCGAGUGGCCGCUCUUCUACUGCUACCUCAUCCUGUUCCACGCCUUCCAGAACGACAAGCGUUCGGUGGAGGAGUACGCCAGCCGGCUGGAGAAGAUCAUGGUGCGCUCCGAGGACGGCAUCCUUCUCGUUCCGGAAAGCUAUGCGGUGCCGCAGGAUCUGGUGGGCUUCGAGUACCAGAAGCCGGGAUCCCAGCUCCGCGAGGUGGUCGGUCGGUGUCCCUUCCUGUGGGGCCAGUCCCUCUUCAUCCUCGGCAGACUGCUGCAGGAGGGUUUCCUGGCUGUGGGCGAGCUGGAUCCUCUGAAUCGUCGGCUGGGGGCGCAAAAGAAGCCGGACGUGGUCGUUCAGGUGGUCAUCAUCGCCGAGGACAACGAGAUCCGCGACAAGCUGGCCGAGCACGAUCUGCACGUGCAGACGAUCGCCGAGGUGGCGCCCAUCGAGGUGCAGCCGGCCCGCGUCCUCAGCCACCUGUACACCUAUCUCGGACGCAACCGGAAGCUGGGACUGAGCGGUCGCAAGUCCCGCGACGUGGGCAUCCUCAGCACCAGCAAGCUGUACUCGCUAAAGGAUCGCAUAUUCGCCUUCACCCCGCAGCAUAUCGACUAUGAAGAAUAUUAUACAACACGCGAUCCCGAUUUGCUUGCCAGCAAUUUUACCACAAAUUUAGCAUUCUUGACCAACAAUUGGCGUCACAUGUUGGGCAGGCCGACAAUCACACUAAUGGCAACCCACUAUAUGCUAGAUCAGGACAAGAUACCGCUGGCCAUGAUCCAGACGAUGAGGAAGCUGAAGUCGGGCUACAUCAAUGGCACCCGCGUAAUGCUGGGCAGCCUGAAGGACUUCCUCAACACCUCGGCCAUCACGGACCUGAGCUUCCUGGGCAGCACCGAGGAUGGCUACCCGGACCGCCUGCAUCCGGAUGUGCAGACCUAUCUGGACGAGCACCUGUUGCGCUCGUUCAGCAACCGCAGCACGAUGAACCUGCGCGGCGGACAGCUGCGUCCGAGGACCCUCAGGCGGCGCAUGUCCUGCAAGGGAGCGAUCAAGAAGACGCGUUCCAUUAAUGUGGACUCUGACAAUCUGGGCAUGGAGGGACCUUCGCCGCUCACCGAACGCCGCCUCUCAUCGAUUGUGCCACCGCCCUGGCUGCAGGCCAACAAGCAGAGCCACGUCAGCGUGUUCGCCACCACUCCGGAGGAGGGACCCGCCAGCUCGCCCCUGCAGCAUCUGGGCAACGAGCUGUCCGUCCGCGAGAACAUCUAUCCGGUGGACCCGCACCACAGCCGCUCGGCGAUCGACAGACGCAGCGAGUUUGUCCGCCAGCAAGAGAUAACAGUGCCCAAAAUUCUCAUACAACGCCAUCGUGCCGAAACCAAUUUCGCGGAAACAGAGGUGGAGGAGCUGAUUGCGAUGCUGCGCGAAACGGAGAAUCUCGAGGAGCAGGGCGACAUCCUGCAGUACCUGGUGGACACACAGGGUCUGGACUUUAACACGGAGCUCGAACAAGCGUUUGUGGAUGAGGUGGUGCUGGAACUGGCUGGUGGUGGUGCUGCAGCAGGUGCAGUUGGUUCAGGUGGUUCAGGUGGUUCUGGUUCCAAAAAGAGCCCAACGAUGGCCCUGCCAACGGUGAUCAUCGAAGCUGUUACAAUUCCAGCCCCCAAUAGCAGUGAUCCGGAUAAUGCAGUCAAUUCCAGUUCCGCCAUUGCCAUUGCCACCGCCACCGCCAACAGCAAUAUGCAUUGCAUCGGCAACACGAGCAACGCGAGCAACGUUAGCAGCAGCAGCAACAUCAGCAGCAACAUCAGCAAUCACAACAACAUGAGCCCACAUGAGAAUAACCACGAUUCUUCCCAAUCCGAAGGAAUGCUGGAGGAGGGACGCGUGGUGACCGUGCGGGAUCUGCUGAAGGGACUGUACGAGAAGGCCUGCCAGCAGAAGCUCUGGGGACUCGUCCGCCACACGGCCGGCAUGCUGGGCAAGCGGGUGGAGGAUCUGGCCAAGGCGGUCACCGAUCUGCUCGUCCGGCAGAAGCAGGUCACCGUGGGAAUGCCGCCCAACAACGAGCACACCAUCACGGCACCACUGCCGGAAGUCGAGCUGCGACAGCUCAUCCAUGAUGCCUACGGCGACGAUGAGAGCACGGCGAUGCUGACGCAGGAGCUGAUGGUCUACCUGGCCAUGUUCAUUCGCACCGAGCCGCAGCUGUUCCACGAAAUGCUGCGCCUGCGCGUGGGCCUGAUCAUCCAGGUGAUGGCCAAGGAGCUGUCGCGCACCCUCAACUGCGACGGCGAGGCGGCGUCGGAGCAUUUACUUAACCUCUCGCCCUUCGAGAUGAAGAAUCUCCUGUACCACAUACUCAGCGGCAAGGAGUUUGCCGUCAGCAGCGUGGCGCGUGGCAAUCUGUCCAUUGUGAGCUGCAAGAGCAGCCGCGUCAGCAAGAAGAGCCAGAUCGGUCUGGGCGAUCCGGAGGGCGAGGACGCACUGGUAGCCACCAUUGACGACAGGCAGGGGCAGUGGCUGCGCCGCCGGCGACUGGACGGUGCCCUGAAUCGGGUGCCCCGCGACUUCUAUUCGCGUGUGUGGACCGUGCUGGAGAAGUGCCAGGGUCUGGCCAUCGAGGGACGUGUCCUGCAGCAGAGUCUCACCCAGGAGAUGACACCGGGCGAGCUGAAGUUUGCCCUGGAGGUGGAGACGGCCCUCAAUCAGAUACCACAGCCCGAAUACCGGCAGCUGGUGGUCGAGGCCCUCAUGGUGCUCACCCUCGUCACCGAGCACAAUAUGGUGCCCACGCUGGGCGGCAUCAUUUACGUGGAGCAUCUCGUCCACAAGGCCAACCAGCUGUUCCUCGAGGAUCAGCGCAAGGUGCAGGGCGACGCCACCCUGUGCUGCGCCAAGAUCAAGGACGGCAAGGAGCAGCAGCAGGCCGCCUCCGGAAUGCUUCUCUGCGGCGGCGCCGCCUACAUAUGCCAGCACCUUUACGACAGUGCUCCCAGCGGUAGUUAUGGAACCAUGACCUACAUGUCCCGGGCGGUGGCUCUGGUGCUGGACUGUGUGCCCAAGCACGGCGAGAUGGAGUGCGCCAUCUCCUGAAGCACCCGCUCACUUAAUAAUGCCAAUCUCUGCAACUCUGGACACGUCCGUUCUCCUUCUCGCUCACUCGCACUUUAGCGCAUCUCUCUCUCUCUCUCUUUCGAACCCGCCUUUUACGUCUUUUGUCUCUUUCCUUAUGACCUCUGACCCAAGCCCAUCGAUAAGUUCAGUCAGGGGGCGCCUGUAUAUAUAUUCUUUUGACCAACGUCAACCUCUCCUCCAAAAAAACAAUAUGCAUCUUUAUUUUGUUUUUGACGAAAGGUAUAUAUAAAAAAAAAAAGAAGCCAACCGAAAUCGGGCCAAUUCAGUAUGGUAAUUAGCCCACGUAAAUGUAGACCCUUUUGGAAAGAUACUCCAAGAGUUCAGCCCAAAAAGCGAUCCUAAACCCCCAAUCCUUUUAGUAGGUCAACUCGCGCUGCUCGUUACAAAUUUGUUUUUUUUUUGUACUUGCGGCUGUUUCACAGCGACGACACUUGAUUGUUUUAACUUUUGUAUUUUAAAUGCUCCUAUUUUAUAUUAUACGUUUGAAUUGUAAAGUUGAACACGCAGCAAGAUUUACAAUAAAAAUGUGUUUGCAAUGUU